ACCUGCAAAAGGUUUAAUUGCUGUGAUGCUUUUAAAGAAGGAUCUAAAUAUAAGCGAUUAAAUUGAUGGAUGAAAUUUGUAUUAAAUAAAAAAAGUAAUGGCAUCUUUAUCGAGUAGAUUUUGCCUACAACGAAUGAAUGGCAAGAUGUGAGGAGGUUGUAUUGUUAGCAAAACAUGGGGUCCCGUUUUGCUUGGCGUUUUUGGUGGCUGAGCCUCUGAAAAUAAAGCAAAAAUAAAAAAUAAAGAGAAAACCAGUAAUCUUUUGACGGGAUGAAACUUUCUGACUGUGAUUUUUGGGUUUCUUUUAGGCUCCCACUUUCUGCGGUGUUGGUUUUCCAUUUUUGUCAAUUGGAUCGGUGUAAUUCCCGGCGAGAUUCGGUCUCAUCCGGAUUGGAUCCGGACCCCUCUUUUAACAACAUUGAGUUCAUUUUGAAUUUGAAUGAAAUAGGAUGCUCUCAUAAAAUAUAUUGUUGUUAAAGCAAUAGGGAUACAAAAUCCGUAUUCAUAUUAACUAUCAUAGUGUAUUGGAUUUUAAUGGGGAACUGUUUAAGCAUUGAGGGGCAACUGCAUCAACAUUGUCACCAUCUCCAAUCUCUCAGCAAAUGUUCAGAUACUGCUUUACUAUGAACAACUUCGGACAGAGGACUUAAAAAGUUAAAGAUACUGCCUCUCCAACAAAAAAACAGAAAUGCAGGACUCACCUGAAACCAAAAUCCCAUGCAUCCUUCCUUUGGCAGCCAAGGAUGUCAAAGAUCUGCUGCAGAAUCCUGGAUAUAGCAAUGUUGAUAUAUUCACAUAUGAGGAGAUGAGGCUGGCUACAAAUCAAUUCAGGCCAGACUAUAUUCUUGGUGAGGGUGGCUUUGGGGCUGUUUACAAAGGAGUAAUAGAUGAGACUGUGAGGCCCGGUUAUACAUCUACAGCAGUCGCAAUUAAGGAGCUUAAUCCUGAUGGGUUCCAAGGUGACAGAGAAUGGCUGACUGAAGUCAACUAUCUAGGGCAACUCAGCCAUUCAAAUCUUGUGAAGCUCAUUGGAUACUGUUGUGAGGAUGAGCAUCGACUGCUUGUCUAUGAAUACAUGGCAAGUGGAAGCCUUGAAAAGCACCUUUUCCGCAGGGUUGGUUGCAGUUUGACUUGGUCAAAAAGGAUGAAGAUUGCUUUAGAUGCAGCAAAAGGGCUUGCUUUUCUUCAUGGUGCCGAAAGACCUAUCAUAUAUCGUGACUUCAAGACAUCAAACAUCUUAUUGGAUGCGGACUUCAAUGCAAAGCUCGCAGACUUUGGACUUGCAAAGGAUGGACCAACUGGAGACCAGACCCAUGUGUCAACACGAGUGAUGGGCACAUACGGAUAUGCUGCUCCUGAAUAUGUUAUGACUGGCCAUUUAACGGCAAGAAGUGAUGUUUAUGGAUACGGAGUAGUGUUACUAGAGAUGCUCCUUGGAAGAAGAGCAAUGGACAAAUGCAGGCCUAGCCGAGAGCAUAACCUGGUUGAGUGGGCUCGUCCGCUCUUGAACCAUAAUAAGAAGGUUCUGAGGAUCUUAGACCCUAAAAUGGAUGGUCAGUACUCAGCUAAAACUGCAAGAAAGGUAGCCAAUUUAGCCUAUCAAUGCCUUAGCCAAAACCCAAAAGGGAGACCUCUCAUGAAUGAAGUGGUUGAAUUACUUGAAACACUUGAGACAAAUGAUGAUAGUCAGGAAGAGGCUUGCACUUCUGUGAAGAAGAGGAACUCUGGCAGAACUGGAAGUCACAGAGAAGGGAGUGCAGACAGAAGCAGAUCAACAAAUGUAAGAAGCAGGAGUGAACCUCCCAAAGAAUGUGAACUUUAUGAUCCUACAAGUUUUGAAACGGAAGAGAAGUCUGAAUCCGACAGAGGUUGAAUCUGUAGCAAAUGAGAGUGGAAAGUUGGAAAGUGUUGAAAAGAUUUAUGCGAGGAUCUGUUGUUUUAGUCUUGAGAGCUGCCACUUGCACUUGCUGUCACAGUGGAGUUUUCUCAGCUGGUACAUGCAUUUAUAAAUUAAAAUUUAAGGGUGGAUGAUGUACCUUUCCAUUUUCAGAUUGUUGGAAAGAUAGUAAGGAAUUAUGGUACAACUGGUCACCAUAUGCAGUUUUGAAAGAGUAGUAAUUGGGAAUUGGGACAACAUGGUCCUCCAGUCUUCUUUUGCAUCUGUUAAUCAAUGCUGGGGCCUGAGCACUUGUAAGUUUUGUCUGCAUAGUAUGCAUUUGCUUCUACGGCCGUCAUUGAAUCUAUUGUGAAUGAAACAGCAAGAUUCAAUGUCUCUUUUUCUCCAUCAGCUCAAUGGAUUAUAUGAGCAAGACAAGGUUAUUGUGCUACGUAUAUUUAUUUAUUAAUUAUUAUUAUUUCAUUGAAUCUAAAAUUGAUCAUAUUUUUCUUAA